AUGGCGAUGCCGACAGGACAGCGAUCCAGCGGUGCAUCGCACACACCGACAUCGAAGAUCGCCACGCGUUUCGGUUCGCGCCGUUCAAUCGUUCACAGCCGCGCUAUGUUUGGUGGGCUGCAGCGGCCCUAUCCGGCUGUCCCGCCACCAGACCCGCGGUCUCCUGUUAUCAGCCACAAAAUGGCCGUCCGCUGGACGCAGCUCACAUUGGUGGGUUUGCUUGUGGCAGUCGCGGUGCACGGUGUAGCCAGUGCCACUGUCGGGAGCGAUAAUUACAGCGCUGCAAAGCAGCAUAAUUAUAACGUUAGUAGCGAUGAUCUAAUUACGCCGGUUGAGAUCAACGAGGGGUUGCUCGAGUACGCAGCCGGUCCGCUACCCUUGGCGGCGAUGGACGCAGCCAAACCGAAGCGCGGCAAUCCGCGCCCAGCCGCCAUCUAUAUGAACGAGUUCGCUGUGUAUGUUCCGCGUGGAGCCCACGUCGCCGAUUCCAUCGCGCACAAGUACGGCUUCAGCAACCUCGGCCAGAUCGGUCCCCUAAAAGGAUACUAUCUGUUCCAUCACAACCACGUGCGCAAACGGUCGCUCGAUCGCAGCGAGGUGCAUCAUAAUGCGCUCAACACCGAACCAGAGGUCCGAUGGGUGCAGCAGCAGCACGAAAAGCCUCGCCACAAGCGAGACUACAGCACGUUCGAUCAGGACUUUGUACGAUUUCCCGGCUUCCGUUCGCUGGUUUCCGGCACCCGGAUGGCCUACCGCGACACGAGCACGCACAACAUCUUUCCCGACCCACUAUUCAAGGAACAGUGGUACCUGGUGAGUAGCAACGGUGGCGCCAAGGAUGGGCCGGACAUGAACGUUGGACCGGCCUGGCAGAAGGGCUACACGGGCAAGGGCGUCGUCGUGUCCAUCCUCGACGAUGGCAUCCAGCGCAACCAUCCGGAUCUGGCCCUCAACUACGAUCCAGACGCAUCGUACGACAUCAACGGCAACGACUCGGACCCGAUGCCACGUGAUAACGGAGACAACAAGCACGGAACGCGCUGUGCCGGCGAGGUUGCUGCCGUCGCUUUCAACCAGUACUGCGGAGUCGGUGUGGCCUACAACGCGAGCAUUGGCGGAGUACGCAUGCUGGAUGGUACGGUGAAUGACGCGGUGGAAGCCAAAGCACUGGGUCUAAACCCGGACCACAUCGACAUCUACAGCGCCUCGUGGGGUCCGGAAGAUGACGGUUCGACGGUGGAUGGGCCAGGACCACUGGCACGACGAGCCUUCAUCUUUGGCGUCACGAGCGGACGUCAGGGCAAGGGUUCGAUCUUCAUCUGGGCGUCGGGUAAUGGUGGCCGAUACACGGACAGCUGCAACUGCGAUGGUUACACCAACUCCAUCUUCACGCUGUCCAUCUCGAGCGCCACUCAAGGCGGCUACAAACCGUGGUAUCUGGAAGAGUGCUCUUCGACUCUGGCAACGACGUACAGCUCGGGUACACCUGGCCACGAUAAGAGCGUCGCCACGGUCGAUAUGGAUGGUUCGUUGCGACCUGAUCGGAUCUGUACGGUGGAACACACGGGCACAUCAGCGUCGGCACCGUUGGCCGCAGGUAUUGCGGCUCUCGCACUGGAAGCCAACCCAGCACUCACCUGGCGUGAUAUGCAGUACUUGGUGGUGUUGACGUCACGCUCGGAACCCCUCGAAAAGGAACCGGGUUGGAUACUGAACGGCGUCAAGCGCAAGGUGAGCCAUAAGUUUGGCUACGGUCUGAUGGAUGCAGGAGCGAUGGUUAGCCUGGCCGAACAGUGGACCGCUGUACCAUCGCAGCAUAUCUGCAAAUCACGCGAGAUCAAUGAGGAUCGUCCGAUCGAGGUGUCCGUUGGGUACACGCUUCAGACUCACAUGGAUGUGAAUGGAUGCGCUGGCACGGUGAAUGAGGUGCGUUUCCUCGAACACGUGCAGUGUAAGAUCACGCUGCGAUUCUUCCCUCGGGGUAACCUGCGAAUUCUUCUCACCUCACCGAUGGGUACGACCUCGACGUUGUUGUUUGAGCGCCCGCGUGACAUCACCAAGUCCAACUUUGACGAUUGGCCGUUCUUGAGCGUGCACUUCUGGGGCGAACGAGCUGAGGGUCGCUGGACACUGCAGAUCCUUAAUGGUGGGCCACGGCGCGUCAGCCAAGCCGGUAUUCUCUCCAAAUGGCAGCUCAUCUUCUACGGCACGCAAACCAACCCGAUCCGGCUAAAGUCCGAAGGUACGCGUACGGGCGCAGCCGGUUACUCCGGACUCAAUCCGUUCGUUUUCCCCACGGAAACGGACAUCAACCAGCAGGCGGGAUCGCUCGGUGGAGCCGGUGCCGGCUUCUAUCAGUCGGAUCUGUACAGCAACUUCAUGAACUACCCGAACCUGUUCAGUGCGGCCGGUAGCGGUAUCGACAAAACGGUGGCCACCCUAAACGGGCACAACAUCCCGACCGCACAGCGGGAAAACGUAAUGGCAGAUUCGAACAACAAGCUCGUGGUGCUGCACGACUGUGACCCAGAGUGUGACCAGCAGGGUUGCUAUGGCAAGGGCCCCACGCAGUGUGUCGCCUGCAAACACUACCGAUUGGAUAACACCUGCGUUAGUCGGUGUCCACCACGGAGCUUCCCGAACCAGGGCGGUGUCUGCUGGCCGUGUCACGAGUCGUGUGAAACGUGUGCCGGCGCCGGUCAGGACAGCUGCCUGACGUGCGCCCCAGCCCACCUAUACGUUACCGAUCUGGCCGUGUGCAUGCAGGUCUGCCCCGAAGGAUACUACGAAAACUACGAUAAUCGAACGUGUGUACCGUGCGAGGCGAACUGUGCAUCCUGCCAGGACCGACCGGACUACUGUACGAGCUGUGAUCAUCAUUUAGUUAUGCAUGAGCACCGCUGCUACGCCGCCUGCCCGAAAAACACCUACGAAACGGAGGAUUACAACUGUGCCGAUUGCCACCCAUCCUGCGCCACGUGCAACGGUUCGUCCGAGAGCCAGUGCAUCCUGUGCCGAGCGGGUCGGUUUGCGCAUGAAGGACGUUGCCUGAACGCCUGCCCAGAUGGCUACUAUGGGGACAAAAAGCGCCACGAGUGCAUCGCCUGCCCGCACGGAUGCACCACCUGCAGCAACGGUGCCGCCUGUCUCACCUGCCACGACAACUGGACCAUGAACCGGAAGGGGAAAUGCAUCGCCAAUGGCAACAACAACUGUGACGAAUCUGAGUACUAUGAAAAUGGUCACUGUCAUCCGUGUCAUUCGACGUGCGAAACCUGCACCGGACCGACGGAGAACGAAUGCCUGACGUGUGCUUCGAACCUGCUGCUCCAGGGCCAACGUUGCGUGAACGUGUGUGACGAGGGCUACUACAUGGAAGUCGGUGUUUGUGCCAAAUGUUUGCACACCUGCACGCAGUGUGUCUCGCGCAUGAACUGUACAGCUUGUAUGAAGGGAUUGCAACUGCAGAGUGGCGAAUGCCGUACGACCUGUGCUGACGGAUAUUACAGCGAUCGUGGAACAUGUGCCAAGUGCUAUCUCAGCUGCCACACGUGCAGCGGACCUCGCCGGAACCAGUGCGUCCAAUGUCCAGAAGGAUGGCAGCUGGCCGGUGGUGAAUGUUUCCCCGAGUGCCCAGAGGGAUUCUUCAAGACUAAGUUCGGCUGUCAACGGUGUCAUCACUACUGCAAGACGUGCAACGGAGCCGGCCCCUUGGCCUGCACGUCCUGUCCAGCCCACAGCAUGCUGCAGAACGGACUGUGUAUCGAUUGCCUCGCAUCGCAGUACUACGAUCCGCCGACGCAGACGUGCAAAACGUGCCACGAGUCCUGUCGCACGUGCAGCGGUCCCGGCCAGUUCUCCUGCCUGACCUGCCCCUUCCCGCUGCACCUCGAUCGACUCAACCAUCAAUGUGUGCCUUGUUGUGCGGCGGACGCAUCGCCCGACGAUCAGAGCUGCUGCCACUGCGACAAAGCGACCGGUGGCUGCAUUAACGCAUCGCCAGCCGGGAAACGGCGUAUCGGGGCCGAGCAACAGAUGCUGCAGUUUGGCGACGAGAGCAACGGUGCCGCCGGUGCCGGGGCGGCGAACAUCCCUGGUGAGGGCACCGGUGGUGGCCAGUCUCACCGGGCCUGGCAGCAGUUCCUAUCCGACACGUCCACCUCGACGCUGAUGGUGGUCGCCGUGUCCGGUUGCCUACUAAUUGUUACCCUGUUUGUAGUGAUAUUUACCGUUUUACAGAAGCGUAGCCAAACGAUGUACACUGGAAUUAAGUAUAAUAAAUUAGGCAAGAAACCACCGUCGGGCGGCGGACGAACCACCCGGAUAUCGAUACCGGCCGAUGGCGAUGAUUUACUGGCACCAAUUGUAAAUAACGUCGACGAGGAGGACGACGAGGAGGACGAGGAAGAGGAUGAGUACGCGGGCGUCCCAACCGGGCGGCAGUCCUUCGAGGACGACGACGACGACGUGGACGAGGAUGAUGAGGUGCCAGCGGACGAAAGGAUGAUGAAGAAGAAGAGCGGAAACUACCAGCGGCGGGGAGGACGUUUUGACAGCCGGAGGUCAACCGCGGAAAUGGCACCCACCACCGCAACCACCACCACCACCUCCACUCCCACCAAUGCCCGAGGGAAACGGACGUUCCGCUAUGCGAACGCCACGCGAACCUAA